AUGUGGGAUUACUCUAAAUUCAGGGAAGUCCCCCAUAAGUUGUUGAGGCAGAGCCGCCCUCUUACGUGUGCACUCCAGGCAACCGUUGAUCAGUUGUUUAACCAAAGAGCAAGCUCCCGAAAUCGAGUAACACUGUCUGACCGAGAAUUCAGAGUGAAAGUGACGUUUAUCAGAGAAAGCGGAGAAAGAAUAGAAGCAAAAGGAAAAGUUGGUGAUACCUUAUUGGACAUCGUUGUAAAUAAUGGCAUAGAUUUGGAUGGUUUUGGUGCUUGUCAAGGGACAGUCACGUGUAGUACAUGUCACCUGAUUAUACCAAAGGGCGUUUAUGAAAAUCUGCCAGAGAAACCUUCGACUGAUGAAAUUGAUAUGUUGGAUUUAGUUCAUGAAAUUACUGAGACAUCUAGACUCGGUUGCCAGAUCACGAUGACAAAAGAACUAGAUGGACUCGAAGUACACGUGCCAUGUAGCAUUCAUGAUGCAAGAUCGACCGAUUUAUAGGAUAGUUUUACUAUAAUUAGUUAAAUUCAGGUAUAUACACAACUUUAUGAGGAUUCUGGCUUUUUUAGUAAAUUCUGAAACGUAAAGGACGAUAAAAUAAGUACUGGAGAAUGGAGUACAAUGACUAAGUGUAUAAAAUAUAUCAAUCAUUUUUUUAAUUGCAGGCUGACUGAACUGAUAGUGUUUUAUUUACGAAUCUUACUGCACGUAUAAAAAUACCCACACAGUAAUGUCUAAGACCCCAGUGCUUAGUUGAGUUUCAGUCGCAUUAUCUUCAAUUUUACAUUGUGUUAUCAUCGUACCUUCUUUGUGUGCUCUGUGUAAUACUAAAAAUAGAUCUGCCUUAAAAUAAUAUAACACAUUGGAUAGUUAAAUAAUACCGUUCAGUUCAUUGUACCCCACUCUUCUCGAUCAUAAUAUAUUUUUGCAUAUGAGCAUUACAAGAAAGACGUUCUUUUUUAUGAUCAAGUAUUAUUUUAUCUUGGAUUUUUAAAUUUAAUAUUUGGGUAUAUGUUUUCGAAUGGCCUAUGUAGAUUUAUAUUGUGGAACCUCUCAGACAUAUUUGUCAUACAUUGAAGCAUAAAUUUAAUGCUUAGAAAAGUGUUUUUAGACUUCUAUAAUAAUUUAUUAAUCGUUUAAGGUCUCCUUUGAGAAUUUGCCUUCAUAAAAAUUAAAUUCCCACCAUGUUUAUAUUCAAUGAGAGUUACACAGCCCCACAAAAAAGGAUUGUCUUGAGCUAGAAACGAGACCCAUGAUUUCCUAUGGAUUUUUACAAGAAGUAUAGUUUGACGUAUAUGUUGCUGAAUUUUUUUUAGGAAAACCACUUAUUAUGUUCAAUAACUGCAGAAAAAUGACUGAGAAUGCAUCUAUUCAUGUUUUUUCGUACUUAGAAUUUACAGUUACUACCUUAUAAAUGAUACAAAAUUGUGAAGUUUGUUCUUUACCACUGACAUCUGCAAAAUAAUCUUAUUCCCUAUAUCAGAUGACCACUCACGCUUCGGUUUCAAGUUUAAAGGUCGUUAACUAGACGUCAUCGUCACGCUUAGUCCUGGUGCAGUUACAUGAGAAAAAGCGUCAUAACAAUAUGUUGCUAGGGCGCUUUCUACUUUCAAUCGCAGUUCCAUGAUUAAGUAGGACUGCAAGCAAACUUGAUGCUGUGAUGAACACUGGGAGCGAUGACAACUAAACAUUGAAAGGAUGUGUAGAAUAAUUCGCAUUUCGGUUCUGUACAGUAACGAAGGUCAGCGAAGGCGUGCUGUCCUGCAAGGGACGUUAGAUUGUGAGGAUGAAGACGAUGAGUUAUUGAACUUAAUAAAUGGUUGACCAAAUAAUUCAUGCACAAAACACGUCAAAUUAUACUUCUUGCCUAUUUUUAAUUCUAAAGAAUCACGCCAUUCGAAAAAAAAGAAUUUUUUCUCAAAAUUCGAAUAUUCCAAGGUUAUGUAAAAACUAUGGACAACACGAUAAAGCGAACUUCACAUGCAUGAUCAACGUGUCAAAGUCCAUAGGAAAUGAUUCGUUUAGUGUCUAUCUCAAGAAUUUUUUUUUAUGAGGCCACGUCAUUUAAAGAAAAUACUUCUUUUUAAAUGUGAAUAUUUGUAGAAUUCCAUUUUUAAAACGUAUGAAUUUGUAGAUGAAGACUUAAAUAAUGAAAUAUAAGGCUUUAAGUAGUGAAAAAUAUAUGUGUAAGUUUCGCUUCUUUGUGAAGUUAUACGAAAGCAGAUUUUACAAUAAAUAAAACAAUCUAACUCGA